UUAAAAUUUCGUAUUGUCGAAAUUAAACAUGCUGGAAAUAAUCACUUACUUCAGUUGAAAUAAGGUCAAUACAAAAAUUGUGCAGUAAAAAGCUUAUGUAAUUUGAAACAGAAAAGGCCUUCAUUAGGGACAAAACUCAAGGGGAAAAAAAAAACCCCAUACCGGGCAUAUAUCACAAAAAUCCCUAAAAUUCUUCCUUUUUAAAUCGAAAGAAAUUUGUAAAAUUUCUAAACACAUAUCUCCAAACAUUCAAAAUACAUUUCUGGUAUUUGACAUUUUCUUCUACGUUAAAUGCAAUUAAAAUUUUUUGAGUUCUUUUGCCCCAAAUGAUAGAUUUGUUCAUUACCAAAAAUGAUCAAGAGUAAACUCCAAUUAAGAGAAAAAUCAAUGAAUUAAAAAGAGUGCAGAAUCUGAAAACAAACUAGCCACAAUGUACAUUUAAUUGUACUUAACUGUAAAUUUUAUUUAAAUCGCCCGUCUCAGGGGUUUAAUAAUUUAGAAUCAAUAGUUCCUUUCAAAACAUAAUAAAAUAUUUACACUUUAUAAAAUAUUAACCGAUUAACUAUACGGCUGUGUUGUUUAUAAGAGUGUAACUGAAGUCCCCAUAAUCAUGCUGUUGACAUAAGCCUGUGAGGUUAGCGAAGUGAUCCUUCGCAAAAUGUAAAUGAAGAUCUUCAGACAGUGGUGUUUAUAAAAUAGCUCAUUAAUGACUUAAGAUUGAAUCGCUCCAACCAUUCGCAUCAUCAGAUAUAAUAAUAGUGACGAAUCAGACAGGAAAGAUCCUGGCUAAACCAUUUGCAUUUUUUUCCAGAAGUACUGAAGUCCUAAUAUCACCAAUUCUUCUAAGUUCCUGGACAUUGAUCCGGAGGAGGAUUCCGCAGUUCAACACCAAGGUAAGGAAAGAAACAGCAUUAUUAUCGUUGUUAAGGUAUUAAUAAGAAAUGCGCCUUUUCCCCAUUUUGAAAACGGGCUUAAACUUUUGACAGUGGUAGUAGUUGGCUUUUGCAACACCCUCUUCCCAUUCCGACUUGAUAUUACAGAUUUUUAAAAAAAGUUUGUCAAUCGAACUUACAGUUUGUUUCUUUGCAGCCCCAAACCUUUUAGCUACCACCACGAAGUUGGUUUGCUAGAGCCACUUUGUUCUCACAGACUCCGAAUUGUGCGUUUUCUCUAACUCGUUCUUUUGGGGAGGUGGGAGGGGGAUGAGGUUGUGGAGGGCACAGGGAAAAGCAAACGCAGCCUAAAACCCCCAGGCUGGCUCCCCGAAGCUUUGCUAUCCAUCUCGCUUCCUUUCUCCGCUCGGCUCCCACCGCCUCUCGGGUCGCCUCGCGCUCCUUUGGAACUUGGUGGGCGGCGACUGGGUGCGGGGUCCUUCGGAUUCUGGGCUCUGAGACUUAGGCCGGGGGCAGGUUUCACUUCUGGGACCCUUUCUCUUCCAGAGUCUCCCCCGCCUCCCAGUUUCCUGCUUUUGAGGGGAGGCCAGGUGCACGCCGCGCGCCGGUUGGGUGCGGCGAGUGGACGGCGGCCUGGCCCCGGGUACACUGGGCUGACGCGGCUUCCCGCGGCGGGUGCACCCGACCCGAGAUUUCCAUAAUUGCCCCCCGAGCGCGUUUCCCGAGAUCGAAUUUAGUUUGGCCCUCUGGCGCCGCCGUAGAGUCAGCGCUUCUUAAGGGAGACCGGCGGCUCAGGCGACGAGAUGGUGGGGAGUCCUCGGGGUCCUAGGGGUUAGGAGGGAGAACCAAGGUGUGCGGGAGCGACUAGAGAUACCGCCAGCUCAGGGGGCUUCAUUGGCCUCAAGACGAGAGGGGACGCGUCCACAUUUUCCCGCUUCAGGUCGGGACCGCGAGUGUCAGCCGGCGCCCCCGGGGUCUCGCGGGGGCCGCGGCUCCUGCCCACGUGCUUUCUUUAAGGAGGUUCCGCGUCCAAGAGGGAUCUUAGGGACAAAAGCGCGGCCAGAGCCCGGCCUGCUCGGCUAGCGCCCGGGCCACCUUAAAUGAGCACCGCGGCUGGAGCCGGGCUACGGGCGACUGCGGCCGCGGGAGUCGGCAAAAGUUUGUGGCUCAGUUACGCCUUCGCGGGACCUGCUGGGGACGCCCCCGCACGGCCUCCCCCGGGAUGGGGAGGCCGGGUCCCCACCGCACAGCUCUGACCGCGCUCUCAGCCUAGGGCCCGAGCGGCUUGGGAUCCCAGGAGUCCCAGCCCAGCAGCCAGCGGACAGGGAGCCCCGCCGCCCUCGCUGCCACCGCGUCACGGCCUGCAGGCGGCCCGGGCUGCGCCGCUCGAGAUGUCGCCGGCGCUGCGAGCGCUCCAGGGACGUCAUCCAGGGAUGCUCCCCGCCCUGCGACCCUCCUGCAGCCCCCUUCCCUGUGCCACCCGCCGCCCGGCGGGCAGUGCUGGUGCUCCUGCCAUUCGGGACACCCGGGCUAUUGUUCUGGACCCACGGCAGUGCCAGCUCUGAGGGAGAGUCGGCCUUCCUAGCGCGUGCGGCGGCGCGGCGGGCCCGGACGGCUGGCUCCGCACGGAGGGGGAGCUCGCAGGCACCGGGAAAAGUUGUUCGGAGGGGCGGAGGCGGUGCGUGGUGGGCGGAGGCGGUGGGUGGGGGAGGUGAUAGCCCUCCUAUCUCCAAAGUCGAAAGUACUCCGCGUAGUUAGCAGAACCCGGAGCCGAGGCAGCCGUGAUUGCCUCCUGCGCGUGGGUCUGUGCCUCCGCCGGGAGACGAGGCAACCAGCGCCUGCCUUGCCGCCGCCUCCGAGCCGGGACUAGUGCGCCUCAGGGCUGGGCGAGGCGGCCGCGCCCUGGACCCGCCGCGAGGAGGAGGAGGAGGACGAGACCCCGGGCCCCAGCUCCCGCCUGCACCCGGGCGCACCCACCCACCAGCCGCGGCCACCGCCUCGCGCGGCACUCGGUUCCCUGCCAUAGGUCCCCCGCCGCGCCGCGCGCGCGCGGUCCUCGCCACACCGCUCUCCCACCGCCGACUCUCUCCUUCCUUCUUCUCCCUCCUCCCUGCUUCCCACCCGCCCCUCUCCAGUCCCUCUGCCUCCUCUGCAGCUCCGCCGCUGUUCGGUCGCCGGCCUCACAGCGAUUGAUUGAUUGAUGUUUAAUUUCCUGCCAGGCGGGGCCCCCUCCCCCCGCAACCUCCCCGGCCCUCCUCCCCGCCCCCCCACUCUCCUCCUUCAAUGCGGUGGACCAGUCUGGCUCGGGUUUAGAUCUUUCCCCCCCAACCCCCAUCCCGAAAUAACCCAGAGACUUCCCCUACCCCCACCCCAAAUUAUUAUUUUGAAGGCGCUAGAUCUGGGGACGGAAAGGGGGAGGGGGAGAAAUCGGAAACCGAGGACAACCCAAAAGGACUCACUUUGCCUGAUGACUCAACGCAACUAAUAAUCAUCUCCCUCUCACUGUGUCUCUCUCUGCGGCUUGUCAGUGAGUCCGGCUUCGGCUGCUGGCGGCGGCGGCCGAGAGGGGAGAGGCUGGAGGUGACAGCUUGGGCGGCCGCCGCUUUUCCUCCCGCGUGCGGUCCCAGGUCCCUGCGCCUUCUCGCUUCUCGGUGGCACCGGCCCUACGGCUCCGGCCGCGCCUCCUCGCGAGCUAGCAGCCCUGCGAAGCGGCAGCCCCGACCCGCCUCCGCCGCCUCCCAGUUUUCAGCCCUUUCUCGCCAGAACGGGUCUCCUUCCCGAAGGUGUGAAAAGGCUUUUUCAGCCUCCUUCUCUCUUCUCCCCUCCUCCGUCGCCUCCUCCCGCGCUCGCUCGGGUGUUCCUUUGGAGGAGCCCUCCUUUCCCUCUUCUCCUCCUCCCUCUACUCCCCCCACCCCCCAUCAUCAUCAUCAUAACAACCAUCGCCGCACUAAGAAGACACCCUGACCCAGGACCCUAAACGUUUGGACCUGGGAAAGAGGAAAGGGAAAGGAGUAAAGAGAAAGGAAGACUAGGAGAACACUGCAAGGCAAAUCACCAGAAACUUUCCACCCUGGAUUCUCUACUUUUGCUCCAUGGACAGAGCCCCAGCCAGCCAAGUUACAGACAGACUGUGAGCAACAGCGCAGCGAGGGAGUCCGGGCGGAACCUUCGCCCUCAGCCCUGGCGCUCCGUCUCUGCAUCACUCGCAUCUCUUCUCACUUCUCCUCUGCCACCCCCACCUUGUCUCCUUGAGCCGUGGCGACGCGGCUUCUCCCACGGCCAGAGCGCCCGCGAGGAUUCCCAGCGCACUUUGUUGUGCCGGGUUCCUCCUGCUUCUUGGGGAUGUCAGUGACAAUGUCCCUGUGCAUUUUAUUGCGACCUGCCGGUGGGAACUUUGUCUCCGAGUCGGAGCAGCAUGGAGCGGCGGAGCGAGAGCCCGUGUCUGCGGGACAGCCCCGACCGGCGGAGCGGCAGCCCCGACGUCAAGGGUCCUCCCCCGGUGAAGGUGGCCCGGCUGGAGCAGAACGGCAGCCCCAUGGGAGCCCGCGGGAGGCCCAACGGCGCCGUGGCCAAGGCCGUGGGAGGUUUGAUGAUUCCGGUCUUUUGUGUGGUAGAGCAGUUGGAUGGCUCUCUUGAAUAUGACAACAGGGAAGAACACGCGGAGUUUGUCCUGGUUCGCAAAGACGUGCUUUUCAGCCAGCUGGUGGAGACCGCGCUCCUGGCCCUGGGCUACUCCCACAGCUCCGCGGCGCAGGCACAAGGAAUAAUCAAGCUUGGGAGGUGGAACCCUCUUCCCCUCAGUUAUGUGACAGAUGCACCCGACGCGACAGUGGCCGACAUGCUGCAAGAUGUCUAUCACGUUGUGACGUUGAAAAUCCAAUUACAAAGUUGUUCGAAGUUGGAAGACUUGCCUGCGGAGCAGUGGAACCACGCCACGGUCCGCAAUGCCUUAAAGGAACUGCUCAAAGAGAUGAACCAGAGCACAUUAGCCAAAGAAUGCCCUCUCUCCCAGAGUAUGAUCUCAUCCAUUGUAAAUAGCACAUAUUAUGCCAACGUGUCAGCAACCAAGUGCCAGGAGUUUGGGAGAUGGUAUAAGAAGUACAAGAAGAUUAAAGUGGAAAGAGUGGAACGAGAAAACCUUUCAGACUAUUGUGUUCUGGGCCAGCGUCCAAUGCAUUUACCAAAUAUGAACCAGCUGGCAUCCCUGGGGAAAGCCAACGAACAGUCUUCUCAUAGCCAAAUCCACCACAGUACUCCAAUCCGAAACCAAGUGCCCGCGUUACAGCCCAUCAUGAGCCCUGGUCUUCUUUCUCCCCAGCUCAGUCCACAACUUGUCAGGCAACAAAUCGCCAUGGCCCAUCUGAUAAACCAACAGAUUGCCGUUAGCCGGCUCCUGGCUCACCAGCACCCUCAAGCCAUCAACCAGCAGUUCCUGAACCAUCCACCCAUUCCCAGAGCAGUUAAGCCAGAGCCAACCAACUCUUCUGUGGAAGUAUCUCCAGAUAUCUACCAGCAAGUCAGAGAUGAGCUGAAGAGGGCCAGUGUGUCCCAAGCUGUCUUUGCAAGAGUGGCAUUCAAUCGCACACAGGGAUUGUUGUCUGAGAUUCUGCGUAAGGAAGAAGACCCUCGGACAGCAUCUCAGUCUCUUUUAGUAAACCUGAGGGCUAUGCAGAAUUUCCUCAAUCUGCCGGAAGUGGAGCGGGACCGCAUAUACCAGGAUGAGAGAGAGCGGAGCAUGAACCCCAAUGUGAGCAUGGUCUCAUCGGCCUCCAGCAGUCCCAGCUCCUCCCGAACCCCUCAGGCCAAAACCUCGACACCGACAACAGACCUCCCCAUUAAGGUGGACGGCGCCAACGUCAACAUCACAGCUGCCAUUUAUGACGAGAUCCAACAGGAGAUGAAAAGGGCCAAGGUGUCUCAAGCCCUGUUUGCCAAAGUGGCUGCAAAUAAAAGUCAGGGCUGGCUGUGUGAACUGCUCCGCUGGAAGGAGAACCCCAGCCCAGAAAACCGCACCCUCUGGGAGAACCUCUGUACCAUCCGUCGCUUCCUGAACCUUCCCCAACACGAGAGGGAUGUGAUUUAUGAGGAGGAAUCGAGGCACCAUCACAGCGAGCGCAUGCAGCACGUGGUCCAGCUUCCCCCUGAGCCAGUGCAGGUCCUUCAUAGACAGCAGUCUCAGCCAGCCAAGGAGAGCUCCCCUCCCAGAGAAGAAGCGCCUCCCCCGCCUCCUCCGGCUGAAGACAGUUGCACCAAAAAGCCUCGGUCUCGCACAAAGAUCUCUUUGGAAGCCCUCGGGAUCCUCCAAAGCUUCAUCCAUGAUGUGGGCCUGUACCCUGACCAGGAAGCCAUCCACACUCUUUCUGCUCAGCUGGAUCUCCCCAAACACACCAUCAUCAAGUUCUUCCAGAACCAGCGGUACCACGUGAAGCAUCAUGGGAAGCUCAAGGAACACCUGGGCUCGGUGGUGGACGUGGCCGAGUAUAAGGACGAGGAGCUGCUGACAGAGUCGGAGGAGAAUGACAGCGAGGAAGGCUCGGAGGAGAUGUACAAAGUGGAGGCUGAGGAGGAGAAUACGGAGAAAAGCAAGGCUGUGCCUGCUGAAAUUGACCAGAGAUAAUGUGAACUGCCACCAGGCAAAGCAAUACAUCGGUCCAAGGAUUUUCUGUUUUAGUUUCUUUAAAAACAUUUUUUUUUUUUUUGCUUUAUUUUAUUUUUGUCUUUUUUUGGUCUGUUUUGUUUUCCUUACCUUUUUUUGACAUCUCUCUGUUGCACAGGAUACACCUGUAGACUGAAUAAGUUCAGUAUUUCUGAAUCAGACAUCGCCUUGGCAAAGACACUAAAGUGUUACGCUUUACAAUGGACUGGAUCAUAGUCAUUAUAAUCACAGGAGACUCUGCCUUCAUUAUCCUUGCACUUAUGGAAGAGACACCAGGCAAGUUCCAGGAUGGAAAGACCUAUGAAAUAAAAUGAAGGAAAGCUACAAGUGUGUUGUGUAUAUGUAUAUUAUAUAUUCUAUAUAUUUACAUAUAUAUAUUAAAUUGCAUGGGACAGAGAACUUACAAUCCGAAAGAAUAGACUGUGAAAUGAGUUCUUAAAGAAGAGACUUGUUUAUGUAUUAAAAAAACCACUUCACAGUGAGUCGCUUUGGCUUUUUGAUAAACUGCGGCCUGCUCUCAGGGUGGGGUGACUAUUUUUGAAUUCCUAUUUAUUUUCUGUGUUUGUCCCUGAUUUUUUUUUUUUUUUAAUUCUAUGGCUUCCUAUCUGGCAGCUUGAUGGGUAAUUUUUGAGGUAUGUAUUUAACAAAACAAAUCAACACUGCCAAAAAAAAAAAAAAAAAAAAGGAAGAAAGAAAGAAGAAGAAAGUAAAG